AUGCCUUUCCCAAGUCUUCGCCGGAGGACUGUCAACGAGUCGCCAAAGACGUCGAGCGAGCAAAAAACCUCACCGUCGCCAAAUCGAGGUCGCUCUUCGACUCUUCCAAGACUCUCUCCACGUAGAAGCAUCACCGCUAUGUUUGACUCAGCUAAGAGAGGCCGUACUGCUAGGCAAGUUCACAAUCAUCUUGUCGGCCACCUUCGGUCACCUACAAGAUCUGAAUCAGAUGCCAUUGAGGGUGACUUGUAUCCAAAAUAUGAUGCUUCGAAUCCUGGCCAUGACCCACAACGAGCCAUUGACGCUUCGUCAGUCGAGCAGCCAAAGCAAUUUCGUCGACCACCGAGCCCUCAUCCCCUCAAAUUCUCAGGAUUGUCACUAAUGAGCAAGGCUAACCAGGCAAUCUCGGACCAGAAGCAGUCUGAGUUAUCGUCGUCGGACAAAUCAUCUCCACCGAAGACUUUCCUUGGAGCAAUAACGUCGCUGUUCUACAAGGAGAACAAGGAGGCGGCAAAACCACAAGUUGAGGGUACCGGGGUGGAGGCUCCCUCUUCCACAGGAAGAAAGAGUCCCAAGAAAUCGGUCAGAUUUAGACCUGAGAACACCGUCGUUGACACAGAGAAAAGAUCUGCUCCCAUUGACAUCCCCACGCAACCACCAUUGUUGCCACCGAUUGAUCUCACACGGACGCCAAUGCUGACAGCCAUGAGACGAUUGCAAGACACCAUUCCCACAGGCAGACCUCAACCAUCAAAUGUCUUGCGAAACUCUGCAGUCUUUCGUCACGCUAGGGAGACCACAAAAGCCAGCGACAUACUUCCUAACAUGAGCAGCAAGCUUCCAGUGGAGCCUUUUCCUUUGCCUACUCAAGCAGUUCCAAUAGUCCCCCCAGAAACCGUCAAGCCUCUAGACGAUCCUUUCAGAGAUUCCCCAGAAGAAAUCGAUCCCGAAAUCCGUCGAGCCAUGCGUGAGCAGUAUGGUGACAGAUACUAUAGAAGAUUAUCCAGCAUUUCUUCCUCCUUGGAGAUUGCUAGUGGCCAGGCUGUUUUUGGUACCGGUUCAAAGGCCCAAAUGUUUGAAGGAACAGCUGAUCAUGGUACUGUUCACAUCCUCGAGAACAAGGAGGAUACUUCUGCUGGGGUUUCUGCGACGGCACCAGGAAGCAAGUUCAACACACCUCACCCAGACCCCACAGGCCAGUCUCUUUGGGCUGCACAACAGUAUGAUACAGAGUCAGAACUGAACCCACCCGACAUUUUCAUGGAUUCUGAUUCUUCCUCUACGUCAAGUGGAGAGGUGUUAACCAUGACCAUACCGAAGAAGACUCGACCGCUUACACAAGCAGCGACAAUUACCUCUGGCUCUUUGGCUGAGAGACAAAUUGUAGCAAGUGACAAUCAUGUCAUCACGAAGGACCCGAAGCAUUGCAUGGAUACUGCUGCGUUGGCUCAUCAACAAUCUUCUAAUUCGGAUGCUCCAAUGGUCUCCUUGACGAACCAGAAGCAGAAGCAAGGAGCAGCAAACGAUAGGAAGUUCGACUACCAAAACCAUCUUCAGACCUCUUACCCAACCCCGAUGUCUCCAUCACAGACACGAGCCGUGGGUGCUGAUUUGCAGACACCAUGUGUUCUUCCACCUGCGCUCAUCCCCCUACCAAUGUCCCCGUCCCAGAUUGAGCUGAGUCCGUACACCGAUCAAUAUGGAUGGUGUCCAUUUCACGAGGAACUCUUUGUACAUGCCGUGAAGAGAAUGAUCGAACCGGGAACAAUCGACUUUAGGGAAUUGGUCUGCAAAGAAGGAGGGUUGCGCUUUUUCUGGGAUCAGCAUCAGUUGCCUCCAAACACUGCUCCACGCAAGGAUACCAAGGGCUUGUCUUUAUGGGAAACCGACGACUUGUUGGAUGCGGUUCAAGGAGAACCAUCAGUUCAGCAGUCGUCUACAGCCAGUAAACUUGGUGUUUCUGUGAAUGCCAUGUCACCAACCCACUUGCAUCACACCGCACUGCAACAUCUGCAUGGAGAAGCAGAGACCGAUGGUGACUUCGAUAACAGUUCUGUUCUCGGUCUGCGAGGAUCAUUUUCCGAUACGGAAGUUGAACCUAGAUCCUGGCUUGCUGGACAAGUCAAGGGCUGGACGAAUACAGAAGCGAGCGAUACGUUCAGUGGACUCAGUAUGGAAGGAAACAUAUCCACCGAGUCUGUGCAUUCAGCCAGUAUUCAGCCCAAGACGAUCGAGUUGCCUCUGCGAUUGAAACGUGAAGUGACGGAGAAUCUUAACACGUCGGAAGAGGACAGAGAAAUCUCAGAGAAUGAAUCUGGUUCGGAAUCUCCAACUGACAUGUUGAAACGUACUGCUGCCUCUCACAUGGAAAAAGUCUCGGCCCACGGUCACAAAUGGUCACCACGUCGUCACAAUGACGAAGGCGGAUCGGACGAAACAGGCGGUACUACGUUCUCGAGCGCUCAGUCUGAGUCGGGAGACGAAGACGAAGAUUAUUGCCGAGGCAUCAUCUGA